CUGCAUGCUAAUGGUCCCACUAAAUCGUGGGAGGGAAAUGUACAAAUUGAGCUGAUCCACUUGCUGCAAUUCCACUUAUUGAGAUCUUGUGAUGUAGACAUAGCUGACUCGGAUUUGUGGCAUGUCACACGAGACAUCAAUAUUUAUGCUCUCUCCCUUGCUACGACCAGGCGGAACCGUCCGUCCCUUGCUCGGAUUCUCAUAUAUACUUGCCUCUCUACCUCUAAUAUUCUCCGCGGCUUUCAUUUUCGCAUUCCUUCGAGAAGUCAGGCAGAAUGAUACCCUCAGUAUUCCGUUUCAUCACUCUCUCGAUCAUCUUUAUCAUACCCACUAUCACGACCGCAGCAACGCUUCCUGCCCGGAGAUGGAAUCGUCACGCCCAUAGAUUACUUGAAACUCGUGAUACAGAGGCACUUCUAUCCGAUGAAACCCAACCCAAUGAUAACGACCCACAAGGAUUCUUCCAGGAUAUAAGUGAUUUAUUUGAAAAGUACAAUAUUCUCGACUUCUGGCGGGAUUUGUUCGGUACCUUCAGCAAGAAAGAUGAUGGCAAGGGAGGGAAGAAAGGGAAGACAACGACCACGAUCUACGUCACGCCGUCUCCAAUCGAGGUGAAAUCUACAUCGGUAUCGAUAUUUUGGGCGUCCUCGACCACUGAGACCUCAUCUAAUCCGGGGUACUACACCACUACACCUCCAUCACUGACGCCGACUCCAACGCCGACAUCAUCAUCUCCGGCUUCAAGCUCCUCGGCGGGAUAUGGUGAAGAUGGCGAAGACGAUUUUCAUAUCCUCCCUUACUUCCCGUCCACCGAAAAUAUCAGCGACAACGUGACCUACCCAACUCCUACAUCGCCUCCGGCAACCCCCGGUGAAUCACCUGUAGUGAUUGUCAUCUCCGACGACUUCCCGAAUGAACCUGCGCCCACGCCACCACCAACAUUCUCCGCCAUCUACAAUGCGGUGGAGGAAAUCGCCUCGAUCCUACCGUAUUUUCCAGCGGAACAUAAUAGCUCAGUGAACCUUACCACAAGCGUUACAGAAUAUGCGGGCAUUGUCUUGUCUACUGCGACAGAGGAAGUGGCACCUACCCCUACUACUGGAUAUGAUGUUGAGGAGGAAGAACCGAUCUUCUCCAUCUUGCCGUGGUAUCCGGCCGGAGAGAACCUCACGGAUAACGUCACAGAUGGCAGUGUACCCAUAGGAGGAUACGGCACAGUGAAUCUGCCAACGCCAACGGAGGUAGAUGAGCCCGAAGUAACACCCAGUCCAACUGCGGCGUACGAAGAAGAGGAACCCAUCUUCUCAAUCCUGCCGUGGUAUCCUGCUGGGGAGAAUCUCACUGAUAACGUUACCUUGGGCGAUACUACCUCUGUAGGAGGAUACGACAAUGUUGUUCUGCCCACCCCCACAGAAGUCUAUGAGUCCGAAGAAACACCACCGUCUCCGACACAAGCCGACUACCAACGUCUACGAGACCGCUCAUCUACAUCAACCCACUGCGUCCUACGGAGUAUCCAGGCUACGACAUCCCAGAGCCAGAAAACGAAGCGCCAGAAGCUUCCGGCUACGAAGACGGACCCAUCCCCAUAACUAAAACAACCACGACCUCAGCUACACGGACAAUCUUCAUAACCGUCUCCCCAUCGCCCAUCUCCAACGACGACAGCUCUUGGUCUUCUGUCUCAGCAUCAGCGGCAAGCAGAAUACUAGACCGACCCCAAACCCCAUCCAUCAUCCCAUUCCCCUACACUACCCUCUCAAACGCAUCAACCGCCCUCCGCACCCUCCAAUCCCUCUGCAAUACAUCAACCCUCACGAACAGUAAACCAAACAAACCCCUCUUACUCUCCCUCCCGAUCCUCAACCCCUUCACCCCAUCCUCGGCAGUCCAAAAAGAGAAAAGGUACUUUCCAGGCUGCACAUCGCUUCCUGCAGUCCCAAACC